GUCGCUCUUCCACCUGAGCUCUCUCAGCCACAGAUGUGUGGGCGUGGGGGCGGAGCGCAGAAAUCCCCGCAGCGCUGGCCAACUUGUGACUCUCCGCGUUCCGCCAGGGCUCCGCGUCUCCGCGGCGUGGGCAGCGACUUUACGACCAUCGCUCGGGAUCAGGCCAUUUCUUGUAAAUGCGCGCAGUUAGGAGAAAAAACACUUCCGGAGUGGGCCGGGCCCGCCGACGCCACGCGCACCGAUUGGUCGGAGCCAGGCCGCGUCGUCGAAUCUUCGCUCAGCUUUUUCAUUCAUGACCCCGUGAGCGCAAUAAACCCAGCGGACAUGUGCCGGCGACGACUCACUUGUUUGGAUCUCACGGUGUGAAAAUCUGUCAUCACCUCCGGAUUUAACACGCAGACACAGAGCCGAGAGCUCAGCUCUUUCUGUGAGUGUUUUUCUCCAUCAAGAUGUCGAGCUCAGGGGGUCGCAGGCUGAAGCAGUGGCUGGUGGAGCAGAUCCAGAGUGGUCAGUACGCCGGGCUGCAGUGGGAGGAUGAGAGCCGCACGAUGUUCCGAAUUCCAUGGAAACACGCAGGGAAACAGGAUUACAACCAAGAAGUGGACGCAUCCAUCUUUAAGGCCUGGGCUGUGUUCAAAGGCAAGUUCAAGGAGGGGGAGAAGGCUGAGCCCGCAACAUGGAAGACAAGACUCCGCUGUGCCCUCAAUAAAAGCCCUGACUUUGAGGAGGUGACAGAGAGGUCUCAGCUGGACAUCUCUGAGCCCUACAAAGUUUACCGCAUCGUACCGGAGGAAGAGCAGAAGCAUGGCAAAAGCUCUUUGACAGCCAUGGCAGCUACCACCAGCUCUGGCGAUAUCACUGACUGCAGCCCUACAGAAAUAGAAGAGCUCAUAAAAGAGGAAGAAGGCUGUAGCAUCCAGGCCAGUCCAGAGUAUUGGUCCCAAGGCAGCAUUAAUGUUUUCCCACUACAUCAGGACCCUUUGCCAUCAGGCACUAUCGGCUCAGCAUUCUCCCAGAUGAUGAUCAGUUUCUACUAUGGAGGAAAACUGGUGCAGAACACACUGGUCACUCACCCUGAAGGUUGCAGGAUUUCUCCACAACAGCAUCUGGGUCGUGGCGCCCUCUACAGUUCAGACAGCAUGCAGAGCGUUAAUUUCCCCCCUGCUGAGCUCAUCGAGUAUGACCGCCAGCGCCAUGUUACACGCAAGCUCUUGGGCCACCUGGAGAGGGGUGUACUGGUCCGUGCCAACCAAGAGGGCAUCUUCAUCAAAAGGCUCUGCCAGAGUCGAGUCUUCUGGAGCGGGCAGGGAGAGGUGGCCUCACAAUUCACCUCCGUGCCUUGUAAACUUGAGAGGGAUGCUGUCGUCAAAAUUUUCGACAUGGGAAGGUUUCUUCAAGCUCUACAGCUGUACCAGGAGGGUCAGUUUCCCGCUCCUGAUCCGACAGUGACUCUGUGUUUCGGAGAAGAGCUCCAUGAUCUCAACAAUGCCAAAAGCAAACUGGUCAUUGUGCAGAUCACUGUGGUGAACUGCCAGCACCUGCUGGAGGCAGUGAACAUGCGUCGCUCGCAGCCUUACUGCAACAACCCAAUCCUGGACAUGUCUGAUGCUGUGGCCUCUGACCAGAUGGCCCACAUCUACCAGGACUUGUGCAGCUACAGUGGACCGCAGAGGCCAGCCUGCUAUAGAGACAACAUGCCUAUCACUGCCUGAACUGUGAGCAGUAUAAUACACCUAGAGCUCCUGAGUGUGCACUGGACAAUAUGUACAACAUAUUACGGACAUUCCUUUAUUUUCCUUUUUUUAUACUUAAUUUAAAAUUUGUAGCAGCAAGUGGAGACGUAGAGAUAAAGAAGAGUACGACUUUUAAUCUGCAGCUCGAUAUAAGGAUGUCCCUAAUAUUUGUAUAGAAGUAAUGUUAAAUUUGUAUGAGUACAGCGCUAAAACUUGCCUCUGCUUUAUCAUUAAAAAAAGAUUAUAUAAGAGUAGCGUUGUUAGAUAUUACACACAACUUACAUGCUCAAAAGUCUUAUACUAGAAAAAAAAAAUGCUUACCAACUUUAAAAAAAAAUUGGUAAUACACAAAUAAAUUAAGUUUUUUCAACCCAAGGUAAGCAAUUUAAGUCAAUUAAUAACUUAAUUAUUUUUUUUGUGUUACCAGGUGAAGUAGUCUUUCUAAUUUGGUAAGCAAUUUCCUUUUUUUAGCGUAAGAACAGACAGAACAGAUUCAUUCUGCUGACUUUAACAAAUCUUUUUAUAUCUUUAGAGACUUUAACUAAAAGCCCCAUGACAACAGUUUGAUAUAGUGUAUGCAGGCAAUUAAGUUCUCAAAUAGCAUUUAAUUUCAACAUGCGUCAGCUUCCUUGUUGUUGUUUUUUUGCAGCUGUGUCACUUCUGUAGUGGGACGACCAUUUGGAUGAACAAAUGGGCAUUUUGUCAGAUCUUUUUGUAUUUUGUUUUUACAGUAAAUAUUACAUCUUUAUAUGAGUUGAUAAAAACAGCAUGGCAUUUUAGAUGCAAUGUGGCAUCCUUUUUCAGAUAGGUUUUACUAUCAGACUGUGUAUUUUACUUUAUUUUUAAUGAACUGCUUUUGAAAUAAAACAAAGUUUUUACUGAA